GGCGGGGCUCUGUGCCCCGCCCCCGGCCCUUUGUGACGUAGGACAAUGCCUGCCACGCGUCGGAAGUCAGCAGCCGGGACCGCUACCGGCAGCGUGCGACUGGUUCGAGGGAGAGUGGUAGUCUCCUGGGUCCCGCUCUGGAACCAUGGGUUUCUUACUCAGAUUAGUCGUUUUCUUUUAUCUGUGGGUCUUUUUUACUGCUCAGGGGCAAAAGAAAGAAGAGAGCUCAGAGGAAGUGAAAAUAGAAGUUUUGCAUCGUCCAGAAAACUGCUCUAAGACAAGCAAGAAGGGAGAUCUCCUAAAUGCCCAUUAUGACGGCUACUUGGCUAAAGACGGCUCGAAAUUCUACUGCAGCCGGACACAAAAUGAAGGCCACCCCAAAUGGUUUGUUCUUGGUGUUGGACAGGUCAUUAAAGGCCUAGACAUUGCUAUGAUGGAUAUGUGCCCUGGAGAAAGGCGAAAGGUCCUUAUACCCCCUUCAUUUGCAUAUGGAAAGGAAGGCUAUGAAGGCAAGAUUCCACCUGAUGCCACAUUGAUUUUUGAGAUUGAACUUUAUGCUGUGACCAAAGGACCACGGAGCAUUGAAACAUUUAAACAGAUAGACACGAACAAUGAUAAACAACUUUCUAAAGCAGAGAUAAAUAAUUACUUGAAAAUGGACUUUGAAAAAGAUGACAAACCACAUGAUGAGUCAUAUCAGAAUGCAGUUUUAGAAGAUAUUUUUAAGAAGAAUGAUCAUGAUGGCGAUGGCUUCAUUUCUCCCAAGGAAUACAAUGUAUACCAACAUGAUGAACUAUAACAAACUGAAUUUUGUAUAUAAAACCGUCACUUUUUCCAAGUUAUGUUGUUUUUCUGUAUAAGAAUAUAUUUUGAUCCCCCAAUACAUAUACUUUGGUAUAAUAAAUGUGAUGCUGUUCUGCAAA